AUGUAAAGGGACGUAUGAAAUAAAACGUAAGAGUUGACUGACAUGCUCUCAACUCUAACGACCAGCUAAACAGCGCUGACUGGCGGCAACGGUUGGCAAAGCUAAGCUAGCUAACGCGCUCCAGAAAUGGCAAAAAGUCCAGAUCCUCAGCUCCCUCUGGCAUCCCUGCGCCUCCUGGUUCCUCCACUGAGGUUGAUGUCAGCCUGUAUGUGGCAGGUGGCCCAGGAGCGAGAUGUAGAUCAGUAUGACAGACUGGCUGGAUUCAUCACAUUAGUGACGGAGAUGGUCCCAGAGCUUCUGAGCUACAAGCAGAGGACUCAGCUCAUCCUGGGACUGAGAGCUCGGGUGAGUAAAUCUCAUCCUUGAGUUCUUAAAGAGGGUGGAUAAGAUUGAUUGUAAAGCUAUCCAGGAUCAUCUUAACAGUUUCCAACAGAGUACAACAAACCGCAUGAAUGCAGAGGACCAAGAUGGAGAGGUGGAGAUUUCAAAGUCAGCAUUUGUGGAGCUGGUUCAAACACUGCUUAGACACCAAUCUGAAAAAAAAAAUUCUUCACGGAGGUCUUCUCAGCACAGUAUGGAGCUCGUUUUGAUACAGCGCUGCAGAUCCUGGUGUGGGAAUUCUUCUACCGACUAGAAGAGUUCCUCCCAGUACCAAGUUUUUCACAGGUAGGCAGAAGGGUGAAGAUAAACUGACCAUUCAACUGACCUUCCAUCCACUCGAUCCCCAAAAGCUGGCUGAUGAAUUAUGUGCAGGUAUUGUCCAUGCUUGACAAUUCUACCCAUGACUACGAGUUUGAGCAGUUUGUUGCCGACCCUGAAGAUCUGAAGAGGAUUUUGCAGCAGCAACAGGAGCGGCAGACGUUGACUAAAAGUGAAUUCACCUUCAUGUCGGACACUAUUCUCUCCACGCUUGCAUCUAAAAACACUUCAGUGGGAUGUGAAGAUUCCAUAGAUCAGAAAAUGGAUGGGGAACGUGUAGACGGCAAACAAGACACUUGGAAACCACAGGGAAGAAAUCAGGGGAAGUCAGAACAGAAGGCAAUGAAGAAAGAAGACAGCUGUAGCAUAGAAGACUUUUGUGAGGAUGAUGGAGAGACUGAUGACAGUUCCAUUGAAACAAAUCCAAACUCUGGGCUGUGCGAGUACAGGCUGUCGCCACUCACUUCCUCUCUGUGUUCAGAAGAAGCUGCUGCGGCUGGUGACAAUGAAACAGGUGGUGAAGCCGCGUUCCAGCCACCCGGAUGCUCCGAAAGCUCAGUGGAAGGAGUAAAUGAUCGUCUGGAUCUGAGCAGAAACAAGGGGCUGUUACUUGAGAGAGCGAUCCAGUCCUCAACAGGGGCCAGUGCCGACUUCUCACUUCCGUUCAGCGAGAACUGCAGAAGAGAGAAUGAAAGCACCUGUCUUGAGUGUGGCAAGACUUUUGCAUCUCGUUCCUCCUUGAAAAAACAUCACACUGUUCACUCUUCUGCAUGGCCUUUCAAAUGCACUCAGUGCGACAAGGCUUAUAAAAAUAAAAAAGACCUGAAUCAACAUUUACUCAUUCACUCUCAACCUAAAGUCCUGUCCUUUGCUUGCAGCCUCUGUGAGAAGAGAUUCAGUUCUCAGGCGUUGCUUACAGUUCACCUGCGACAUCACAGCGGGGAGAGGCCGUUUGCCUGCUCGCACUGUGACAAGCGGUUCCUGACAAAUGCAGUCUUGAAGUCCCACAUGCGCAUUCACACUGGCGAGCGCCCGUAUGCCUGCACUUUAUGUGACAAGAAGUUUACGCAGUUGUAUCCGCGCACCGUGCACCUCAGGAUGCACAAGAAGGAGAAGCCGUACCUGUGCAGCACAUGUGGUAUGUCCUUCUGUAGCUCUGGGGCCUUGCUGGUGCAUUCACGCACUCACACAGGGGAGCGGCCUUAUCAGUGUGAAUCCUGUGGAAAAGGUUUCGCCACGGCUGUACAAUUGACGGUACACCGGAGAUUCCACACAGGAGAGAGGCCGUAUUCUUGCUCACAAUGUGACAAAUCGUUCCACAGUAGUUCAGGACUGAAGAAACACAUGAGGACACACACUGGAGAGAAACCGUACGAGUGUUUAACAUGCUACAAGACCUUUUCCCAGAAAUCCAACAUGAAAAUACACCUCAAAGUCCACAAGAACAUCUAGCAUACUGUUUUUGGAGACAGGUUGUUAGCAUGUGCGCUGUAUUUUAAGUGAUGCAUGAAAGCCAGGUUCAUUCCUAUGACUCAAAUAUUACACGUUGGGGUAUAUAUAAAUACAUGUUUUAAGACACCAUUAUUAAAGAGGAUAAUGUUUAGGAUUAGCUUAGGCCAAAUACUUGAUGUUGGUGUUUAUAUUUACAGUAUUUGAUGGUUAAGGUCAUUCUUGAGAUGGAGAAUGUAAGUCAAUAAAAUGUGCUGGCAAAA